AUGGCCUACUGGGCUACUGGGAUGGGCUGCUGGGAUGGGCUACUGGGGCUGCUGCGGCAGAGGAAGGAUGAGCUGGAGCAGAGGAUGUCAGCGCUGCAGGAGAGCAGGAGAGAGCUGAUGGUGCAGCUGGAGGGGCUGAUGAAGCUGCUCAAAGAAGAAGAGCAAAAGCAGGCAGCUCAGGCCGGGGGCUCUGCCCAGCCCUCGCCCACCCACGGCCGCCCCCCGGCCGUGCCCGUGCGCUCGGCCUCGGCCGGUUCCACGCCCACCCACGGAGCCCAGGACUCGCUGGCCGCGCUCGGGGGAGACGUGCACGACGCCUUCACGCAAGGUACGAGGAGGAACCUCCGCAAUGACCUGCUGGUGGCAGCUGAUUCCAUCACCAACACCAUGUCCUCCCUGGUGAAGGAGCUGCACUCGGCAGAGGAAGAAGACGAAGAAGAAACAGAGAAGCUGCAGAACGGGAAGGACCGAGGUUAGGAGAGGCCGCAGGCUGGACAGCAGCUCAGGCUCGGAGGUUGCGAUCGAGGGACGUCUCCCCCCGUUCGGAAGAGGCAGUUCCAGCCCAUCCAUCACCAUCGUGAACUGUGACCGAUCUCCAGCACCUGCUGCCGGCACCGAGCGCUCUCUGCCCCUCGGGCCAUUGCAUGCACCCUCGGUGUGAUUCCUGCCGGGACCCCCCGUGUCCCGCCCGCCUCGGGAGGCUUCAAAAAGAAAACAUGCCAAGCUGGCAGGAGCCUGCCGGUGGCUGUCCCCGCUCUGUGUGCCGCUCACUGCCACCGCUGUCCCUCUGUGCAUGGAACAAAAAGGGGCUGCGGCCCCUCCCGGGGGGAUUCCGCUCUCAGAACCCCACCCGGAGCCGGCUGCGAGGUCCCGGCCUCCCGGGGGUGAUGCUGGGGGGCUCCGGAGCUCCCAGCCCUGCCCUUGGAGAGGUCCCGAGGCAGGAAUUGAGGGAGGAGCGCGGCCAGGUGAGGAGCAGCAGGAGCUGGGCUCGGUUUUGGUGGAAAUGAGGGAAAAAAGGGAGCAGGGGAUGGCAGCUGCCCCCGGCCCGCGCUGGGCUCCAUCAGCACCCCAAAAACAGCCACGGUGGUUCCGGCACUUCUCCCCAGCGCUGCUCGGGAAUGUUCUUCUUAGUGGAGGGAGCCGAGGGCCCUGCUGCAUCUAUAAAUAUUGAUGGAGGGUGAGGGAUGAAAGGAGCAGGAACCCUGCGAGCCCCCCCGGCCCUGCCCCCGGAGCGCGCUCACCCUGCCCGGGACAGGGACAAUAAAAACCUGGUGGCCACAG